AGCGACAUCGCCCCCUGCCGCCGGAGGUAGCAGCAGCAGCACAACGCCGCAGGGAGAACUUCCGGGUGAGCAGUCAGCAAGAUGGCGGCGCCCCGCAGCAGCGGCACGUUACGGAAAAGGAAGAGGUACUGGGAAGCUGAAGAAGAGCCAGCUGGAGAUGCAGCAGCAUCAGGUAAGGGCAGACCAGCAGAGCAGGUGAAGGUGGGACGGAGGAAGCCAGGCGCUCGGAGACCUGAGAAAGGCAAACGGAUGGACCGCCAAGCAUCAAGGCACCCACCGAAGAAGGUGCUUUCAGGGAGAGAGGACCCUUUCCCAGGACCGGCACCGAUCCCGAAGGAAGUGAUGAGGAAGUUUCAGCGAGGGACGUCCAUUAAGGUGGGUGAAAUCGCCAAUCAGAAAGUGAAAAAUCAGCUGAAAAUCCUGGAGAAGCUGUCAAAGCAAGCAGAGAAGCAAGCAGCUCGCUUCGACCUCCUGCUGCCCGAGGAGGCGGGGUUCCUGGAGGCUGAUGAAGGGGAGGAUACCUGCUUCAUUCAGCAACGUGACAUCGCAGAUGUAGUGGACAUCAGCAGUGCCUCCAAGUUCUUUAACCUGGAGCUCAGUCAGUUUGGCCCGUACCGAAUAAACUACAGCAGGAAUGGCAGGCACUUGCUGUUAGCCGGCCGCAGGGGCCAUGUGGCUGCCCUUGACUGGCAUACCAAGCAGCUCCUGUGUGAGACCAACGUCAUGGAAGAUGUCAAUGAUAUUCGGUGGCUGCACACUGAGACUAUGUUCGCUGUGGCCCAGAAGAAGUGGCUGUAUAUCUAUGAUAACCAGGCGGUCGAGCUGCACUGUGUGAAGAAAUUCAACGACGUCCUACGCAUGGAAUUCCUGCCAUACCACUUCCUCCUGGCCACCUGUAAUUCCCGGGGAUUUCUUCAAUACCUCGAUGUCUCUGUUGGGAAGGAAGUUACAGCCAUCUGCACUAAAGCUGGACGCCUGGAUGUGAUGACCCAGAAUCCAUACAAUGCCAUCAUUCACCUUGGUCACCCGCAGGGGACGGUGAGUUUGUGGAGUCCAAAUAGUAAAGAGCCUCUGGUGAAGAUGUUGUGCCACCGAGGAGGGGUCCGUGCUAUCGCCAUUGACAGGACUGGAACGUACAUGGCUACAUCCGGUUUGGACCGGAAGCUGAAUAUUUUUGACGCCCGCUCAUACCGCCCUCUGCAUUCCUAUUUCAUCUCCAGUGGAGGCUGUCACUUAGCAUUCAGUCAGCGUGAUCUCCUCGCUGUGGGCACUGGGAACACUCUCAACGUUUACAAGGACAUUCACCACGCGACUGUGUCAAAGCCGUACCUGACCCACACUCUCCCCCAGGGGGUGCACGGCCUCCAGUUCUGUCCCUUCGAGGACGUCCUGGGGGUUGGCCACGGCCGGGGCUUCAGCAGCUUGUUGGUGCCAGGUGCUGGAGAAGCGAAUUUCGACGGCCUGGAGUGCAAUCCCUACCGAAGUAAAAAACAGAGGCAGGAGUGGGAGGUGAAGGCUCUGCUGGAGAAGAUACAGCCUGACCUGAUUAACCUGGAUCCCACCAAACUGGGGAAGAUAGACUUCAUCACCAUGAACCAGAAAAAUCAGGAACGGAUCCAACGUCUGGGUUUCGAUCCAUCCCAAAAGGAAAAGUUUCAGCCCAAGCGGAAGAUGAAAGGCAGGAGUUCAGCGAAAAGCAUCGAGAGAAGGAAGAGGAAGGUGACUGUCGCUGAGCAGAGGGAAACGAUCCGCCAGAGUGUGCAAGAGAAACAGGAGACAGUCCGCGAGAGGCAGAAAGUGGUCAAGGGCAGACUGUCACACAGCAAAGGAAGCGCCUUGGAUCGAUUCCACAAAUGAUCGUGCUGUGACUGGGAAUGACAGGCGGCUCGGUUCACCCUGCUCUGUGUAACAGGGUCCCCGUGUCCCACUCCUGCCCAGAGACUCUCCAGCAUUUGCAUUUCAGAAGCCUCCUGCUUGAGAUCCAGGCAGCGACAGACCUAACCGCUAACUGGGGAAAUUGUAUUUUAUUCUGAACAACCGAAUAAACUUAUUUCAGCUGGC